GUGGGUGUAAUAUGAAGCGAGCAGCGGCAGUCGCGGCUAGCCAAGCGACGCGGCACAUCGCUUGUGCCAUCGACGACGAGCGUCCACAAACUUUCAGCCGCUUCCCGCCCAAACCACAUACGAUAUUACGUUUUCAGUAAAUUGUUGGUACUUAGCAUAUUAAAAAAACUUGGGGAAAAAAGUAUAUGCAAAACUUUUUCGCAACUUUCCUGUUGUUAUAUAGGUACGAAAUAUUAGUUUAAUUAUUUUUAAAUGGGGUGAGCUUAAAUAGUUAGAAGAUAAAUGAUUUAAAUUUCCAAUAGCUAGCAUGAUAAUAGUGAAAUGUAUAAGUGUAUAAACACGUCAAACGCUAGGUGUUUUAAGUGUACAUAUCUGAGUGAUAAAUAAUAUCACAGUUUGCAGAAAUAAUUUCUUUCAGAAGUGGCAAGGUUGAAAAAUCUGUGCAAUGUCAACUUUGGUUGUGAGUUUAACGGUGUUAAUCAUAGUGUAAAUACCGCGUAGCCUGUGCUCUGUGUGUGUGUUGAGUGUUAUCACGGUAGGCCGCGAAAGGCCUCGCUGCAAGAACAAAGGACCUACCUGUUAUCAGCAACGAUCCAGCUCUCCGCCGUGACCUCUUAUCUCAACAUGGAUUCAAGUACAACCAGUUCUUCUCAAGAUGACGACGCGGACUGGCCGAGAAGCAGUUUAUUCGAAGAGUACUUCAGUCAAAAUGGCACAAACACUACACUGGAAACGUUGUACGAUGUUCCGACGGGCAUGAUCGUGCUCCUGUCGUUCCUGUACGGCUCGAUAUCGGUGCUCGCCGUCGUAGGAAACUUCCUAGUGAUGUGGGUGGUCGCCACCUCGAGACGGAUGCAGAGUGUCACGAACUGCUACAUAGCGAACUUGGCGCUUGCUGACAUCGUUAUUGGACUCUUUGCUGUACCGUUUCAGUUCCAAGCUGCGCUGUUGCAGCGAUGGCUGCUACCACACUUCAUGUGCCCGUUCUGCCCGUUCGUGCAGGCACUGAACGUCAACGUUAGCGUGUUCACGCUCACAGCGAUUGCCAUUGAUCGGCAUCGCGCCAUCAUCACACCACUGAGUGCUCACACGUCCAAGAGGGUGGCUAAAGUAACAAUAGUUUUGAUAUGGGUGUUGGCAUUCCUGUUAGCGGCUCCCAUGGCCAUGUCGUGGGAGGUGACCAUUGUACCAGAACUGGACCCAGUUACAAAGCUGCUGUACAAGAAACCAUUUUGUGCUCCUAGUGAAUUUGGAUUACAUUCCUUGGCAAUUUAUCGACUAAUAUUAUACAUUUGUCAGUACAUCAUCCCUCUGUGCGUGAUAACGUUCGCAUACGCUCACAUGUCCUUGAAGCUGUGGGGUGCACGGGCGCCAGGGAAUGCACUGGAAAUACGGGACGCGAAUCACAUGAAAAACAAGAAAAAGGUAAGUCAUAUAUGAUACUGUCAUGUAUGUUAUUUGACGAAAACUUAUACAUAAAAUGUACUAGUCUUUCAGGCUUAUAAAAUAAGUUAAGAAAAACACAUGCGGUAUGUUACGUUAUGAGUAUAGGUAUAAAAGUACCCUUUUAUCUCGGAAAAUUAGAAGAUAAAUCUUUAAAGGACCAUGGGCAGAAAUGUCCCCAACCACUAACAGAAACAAAACAUGUCUCAUUCAAUAGAUCUUGGCAAUCUGAUGAUUUGUUACUAUGACGAGGAUCGCCCUAUGUAUGGGGUUUUCAUGGAAAACUGUAUUUUGUUUUUAUAUAUUUUUCGCUCAUUUCAUUGAAAGUUGCAGGCAAAAGGUUAUAGCAAUAAUCUUCCUACUAUACAUACAUAUAUUUAGGCCAGACAUCUUCGAUUUUCCAUAACAGUGCGAGACAAAAAAAAACCGCCAAAUGAAAAAAAAAAACUGCCAAAUGCAAAUGAAUGUCAAACCUAACUUUUAUUCUAAAUAGUACCCGAACGACAUCUAUUUCUGAAUUUUCCUUAUCAGAGUAUCAUAAGGGCCGGUACAGACGGACUGCAACUCGACUGCAACU